AUGGCCGACGAACAGACCAAAAAGCCGGCCGUCCUGAUCGUUGGUGGUUUAGGAUUUAUCGGUCGCCAUCUCGCUCUUUACCUGCAUGAAAAUAACUUGGCCUCGGAAGUCCGACUAGUUGACAAAGUCCUGCCUCAGCUGGCCUGGUUGGCCCCUGAGUUCCAGGAAGCUUGCUCAAAAGAUAAAUUCGUCCAGGCUGAUGCCAGCCGUGAACAGCACUUCCCUCGUAUCUUUGACCGUGCCAAUGGCGAACAAUUUGAUUAUGUGAUCAACUGUGGAGGUGAAACCAGGCAUUCGCAACCCGAUGACGUCUACGAAGUCCGCAGCUACGCCCUCACAGUCGCCUUGGGUCGCGAAGUCGCCCGCCGAGGUAUCCGCUCUUUCGUUGAGUGCUCAACCGCUCACGUCUACAAAGGCGGCUCGAGUCCACGUAAGGAAGAUGACAAACUGCAGCCGUGGCACAAGCUGGCCAAGUGGAAGAUGAAGGCCAGCGAGGAGCUGCAAAAAAUUCCCGGUCUCAACUAUUGCUUGCUUCGUCUGCCCCACGUCUACGGAGAAUACGACUCGGGCUACUUCGCGAUGGGAAUAUGCCUUGCUCGCGUUCACCUGGAGCUCGAGAAGGAUCUGGAGCUUCUUUACACUAAGGAUCUGAAGAUCAACACCGUAUAUGUCAGGGACGCAGCCAGCGCCUUGUGGAAAGCGGCUGAGUGGAGAGCAAACGCUCCCACGGACGGUUCAGCGCCCCUUGCAUUCAACGUGGUCGACCACGGCGAUACUCGCCAGGAAGAUAUCGCAAAGGCCCUGUCUGAAGUUUUCAAGCUCAAGUGUGACUUCUUGGGUUCUUUAGCUUCCCAAUUCGCGAAGCUGAACCUUGAUGAUGUUGUGGAUGACAUGAACGAGGAAUGCUUACAGGGAUGGGCUGACUUGCUCGAAGAGAAGAAGAUCGAACGGCCUGGACCCAUUGGCCCAUUCCUGGAAAAGGAUGUACUGAAGGACCAAGACAUGUGUCUGGAUGGGACGCUAUUCGAGACGACCACUGGAUGGAAGCCAUCCCGAGAGCGCUUCGACGCCGAUGCCGUACGAGACAUGGUUGAAAGUUACAAGCGAAUGGGCUGGUGGCCAUAG